AUGCAACGAGCUUCCCGUACGAAUAAAUUAAGGCAUAACGAGAAACGAUGUUUAAAGCAAAUCGUAGUUAAUUCACGCAGAUUUCCUAAUAGGUGGAUCGAUUAUGAUCCAGUGGGGAAAGAUAUGCCGGGAACACGGUUUGUUGCCUUCAAGACGCCUCUGCGGCACAAUUAUUUCCUGAAUCGUAGCUAUGAAUUCGACAUGCAGAAUAUUUUUGAAACGAAAACCUUACUUGAUAUGGCUAAUGCUGCUGGUAAACAGAUAGGUCUUGUAAUUGAUUUAACAGCAACUCAGAAAUAUUAUGAUCCUCGUGAAUGGACUGAUGUCGGUAUUAAAUAUGAAAAAAUAUGGUGCGUAGGACAUCAAGCAAAUACGCAAAUGAAAAACAUUCAGAAAUUUUAUGAUAUUGUCAGUGAUUUUCUAUCCAAACAUAUUCAUACUGGUGAAUUAAUUGGCGUACAUUGUACACAUGGUUUAAAUCGAACAGGUUACAUGAUUUGUCGAUACUUGAUUGAGGUUGAUGGCUGGGAUGUUGAGAGUGCCAUUGAACAAUUCGAAUAUUGUCGAGGCUACAAAAUUGAACGGAAGAAAUACAUUGAUUCAUUACGGAAUGAUUGUGUCAGAGGUAAGUAUACUACUUUAUCUGUGGAUUAUCCUGAAAAAUCUUUGGAUGAUAAACUUGACAAACGACUACGUCAUCUGAAAAAUGUUUUACCCUGUAUUGAUGUGAAUGAAUUCGUUGCAGCUAAUUGA